AUGACUCGAAGUCGGGAGUUCCAGGUAGUCGUUCUCGGAGCAGGCGGCGUCGGGAAGAGCUGUUUGACUGCACAAUUCGUCCACAAUGAAUGGAUCGAGAGCUAUGAUCCGACAAUUGAGGACUCGUACCAGAAGCAACUGGCCGUCGAUGGACGCCAGGUUGUCUUGGAAAUCCUCGACACCGCAGGAACAGAGCAGUUCACAUCCAUGAGAGACGUGUACAUGAAGAACGGUCAGGGAUUCCUGCUUGUGUUCAGCAUCACAUCGCGGUCCUCACUGAAUGAGCUGCAUGGUCUUCGAGAAGAGAUUCUGCGCAUCAAAGACAGGGAUCAAGUGCCCAUCGUUAUCAUCGGUAACAAAGCCGACCUCGAGGAUCAGAGAGAAGUCCCGCGCACGAAAGCAUUUGCCGUCUCACAAGACUGGGGCGCUCCUUACUACGAGGCGAGCGCCAGGACCAGGACGAACGUCGAUGAAGUCUUCAUCGAUAUAUGUCGACAGAUGCUAAGGGUAGACGAUGCCAUAGAGGCAAUGGACGAAGAGACGUUCGAGACGCGAUACAAAUACGACGAGCACAGCAGGAAGAGGCGGCGGCGGAAGAGGAAGAAGGAUCAUCCAAAAUGCGUCAUAUUAUGA